AUGAAGCUUUUCAUUCGAAAGGAGCCCAGGUCGGUCGCUUUGCUGUCCAAUGGAUAUCUGCUAGUUUUUGAAAAAUCUAGAGCUCCCAACUCGGCGCCAGAUGGGAAGCACAGUCAGCCCACAGCAGUUGUGGUAUCUAUGCCUAUAGCUGCGCUGAGCGAGCAUAAUUUCAUGGAGGUAACAGGAAGAGUCUUCAAUGGCCUUCUAGGUCUCGUCUGUGUCAAUAAUUAUCUAUUUGUUGGGCUCGUUACCAAUAUACAAAAAGUUGCCUACCCAAGAUGGCGGUGUACAAGCGAGGGCGACAGAGAAGACAUAGAAUCAAUUUUUCAGAUUCUCAAGGUUGAGUUUUUCUGUCUCAACAGCGACUCGUUUGAUUAUGGCUUGAAUGGCCUCUCCGAGCAGCUGGAAAAGCCCUCAAGUGAGCACCCAUGUGCCGACUUAAUGAACCUUUUCAGCGACGGCACAUUUUACUAUUCUCGAGACUUCGACCUAUCAAAUACUUUGCAAGAGCGUGGAUUGAUGAAUGGUCUGGAUUAUGCCAUCGACAACCAGGACCAAAAUUUCAUUUGGAAUAGUAAUAUGAUGAGUGAGGUGGUUCAGUUACGAAAUCGAGUAACCGCUUCCGAGAGAUCAUUGUUUGACGGUGCUCUCUUUCUCACAUUUGUCAUGAGAGGUUUUUGCAAGACUACUCUUGUAUCGGACAUAUCCACGUCACCUUCGACUCUCACCGUAAUUUCAAGAAUUUCAACGGAAAAUAGAGACAACAUUUUUGAGUUACAAGGCAUAGACGAGCAAGGUCAUGUCUCCAGCUUUAUCGAGACUGAAAUCAUAUUCUCUUCGCCACGAUAUAUACUCGCAUACGUUCAAACGCGAGGAGACGUUCCACUUAGUUGCGAGGUCACAGAGGGUCAACUUCUGCAUGGGAAGAAAGUUAAACUUUUGAAGGAUCCAGCGUAUUUUCAAGCAUCUUUUGACAAACAUUUCGACAUGCUUGCUUCGAAGUAUGGUGUUGUCAGCGUGUUGAACCUCGUGAAACCAAAAAGUGAGUCUCAAGAGAUUCUGAGUAACGCGUACAGAACAUGUGCCGAAAAGAAGAACGUUAGAAUCAUAAAUGUGGAGUAUGGAUCCGACAUUUUAACAAAGCAAACACACAAAUUGAUCUAUUUGCUGAAGCAAGACAUUUAUGAGUUUGGAGCGUUUGUCUAUGACAACCAAAGGGGAAUUUAUGUGGGUAAACAAACUGGAUGCCUGCGCAUCAGCGCCUUCGACUCUAUCGAACGUCCUAAUGUCGUUGAAAGGAGUGUCAGCAAGGAAGUGAUUCAAUUGACGAUUUCAGAACUUGCGGGAGUCGAGCUGUCCGCCGCUUUUGAGGGGGUGCAUGACAAGCUGUGGGCCGACAAUAAUUUUUGGCUGAAGAGAUUGUUCAGCUCAAACUUCAAGAAUCCGAACAGAUACAGAAAGGUCUACUGGAAGCUGUUUAGCUCAAGUUGUCGGGUUAGCUUGUACGAUCCCCUCCAUGCUCACAUUACGAAAUUUAUGCGUAAGAUAAAGAGAGAGUUCACGUAUCAGAAGAGCAUCAACAUAUUCACUGGAACUUUCAAUGUAAACGGUAGAACUCAAGUGAAUGAUGUAAGCGAAUGGCUGUUUCCACAGGGCUCAGAUAUCGACCAAUUGGCCGAUGUCUAUGUCUUGGGCUUCGAGGAAGUGGUAGAGCUGAGUCCAGGUCAAAUGCUUGCAACGGAUCCGUAUCCCAAACAGUUCUGGGAGCGAAAAAUAUUAGAGACUCUUAACGGUGCUAGUAAGAGGAGGUAUGUUCAUGCCUGGGGUGGCCAGCUGGGCGGUGUAUUAAUGCUCUUAUUCAUCAGUGAAACCGAGUAUUCGAAGGUGAAGCACCUUGAGGGAGAUGUAAAAAAAACCGGAUUUGGCGGUAUGUCAUCAAACAAAGGCGGAGUCGCUGUGCGCUUUACUUACUCCACUACUAAAUUUUGCAUACUAGUUUCCCAUCUCGCGGCGGGGCUGGAAAACGUGGAGCAAAGACACCACGACUUCAAAACCAUUGUUAAAAACAUCAGGUUCGCAGGAGACAUCUCUAUCAAGGAUCAUGAUGCAAUUAUUUGGAUGGGUGACUUCAACUACAGAAUUUCUCUCCCGAAUGAUGAGGUUCGCAAGUGUGUGCGAAACGCUGAGUUCGGGAAACUGUUCGAAAAAGAUCAGUUAAAUCAACAAAUGAUCGCUGGUGAAGCAUUUCCAUAUUACAAUGAGAUGGAGAUCAAAUUUCCACCAACGUAUAAAUUUGAUCCUGGUACGAAGACUUACGACACGAGCGAAAAGCUCAGAAUUCCGGCAUGGACUGACCGCAUCCUUAGUCGCGGCGAAUCCCUAAAGCAACUCUCUUAUGGCUCAGCUGAAAAUAUAGUGUUUUCGGAUCAUAGGCCUGUUUACGCGACAUUUAGUUCCCUCGUCACGGUGGUGGAUGAGAAAUUAAAAGCUAAGCUGACUGCAGAAAUCUAUGAGAGGCUUACAGAUCAACUUGCCGAUUUGACUGACGAGGAGAGAUAUGCUGUAUUGAAUAGCAGCGAUCUUAUCAUGGAAAGGUCAGAGGGCGAAGAUCCUGUGGGUCCUGAAUUGAGGAAAGGCCGUAAGCUGCCGCCUCCGAGUUCGGCAACGAGGAAGUGGUGGAUUGGCAGCUCUAAGCAGGCCAAAGUGGUACUCGAAGUAGAGCCAGCUAAAUAUCAAAUCAACCCUCAAAGAGCAGCCAAUCCCUUUCUGGAUAAUACCGACGAGGCUCUGUUCAUAGCGCGGGAAGCAUAG